AUGACCAAGGCAAACGAUCAAUCAUUCGGGGCUUCCGACAACCAGCCUUCCGGUAAUAGCAGGGGUACUGUUAGCUUGACAACGCAGAACUGGGGCCAGAAUACAGCCUCGAAUGUCACCGAUCGUACAGGUGCCAAGCAAACUUUCGAGCUGAAAGCGCCUGCUGCAGGGGAUGAAGGACCUCGCGCAGCGCCAACCCUCCAUCGGCUAACUAGCCGCAGCGUCAUCAACCAAACAAGGCAGAUUGGCAAACAACAGAUGACGAAUGGGAAUGCAGAUUGGGACUUUGAUACGACCUACCAACCCGAAAUUGAUCAUUCAAAAGUCGAUCUCGACUGGUUCCUGGAGCCAUUUGGAUCCCACCACGCUGCGUCGAGUCAGCCAGCGUCUGACACUCCUCUGGCGCGAUUUCUGGAAGACGAGAACGACCGUUUCGUCAGCCGCUUGAUGCAGCUCGAACAACUUUGUGAGGAAUGUCGACGCAAACGUAUCGUUACUUGCGAUCAUCAUGCACACAGAAAACUUGGAUAG